AUGGGGAUGUUCCGCACGUUUACCCUGGGACUGGUCGCAGUCCUAGUGGCCAUGUUGUACGGGCCCAUCGCCCAUAUGAUUCGAAUUGGAGGCAUCUUCCAGACUCCCCAGCAGACAUUAUUUCCAGAAGGACAUGGCCCAAUCCCCAUCGAGGAUACCAUUCACUGCGAGGAUUUACACCACUACCGUCCGGCCAACCUCCUCUUUGCUGCGUGCGAGGACUCGAAAAUGACGCGGUUUGGCUGGUUCCCGCCGCUGGGCCAAUUUUCGAAGCCGCCGACGACACCGGGGUCUAUUCAUGUUAUUGAUCCGAAGACAAUGAAGUCGAAGCGUCUGGCCUUUGACAACUUCAAGGGUCCCUUCGUGACGCACGGUAUUGAUGUGAUCCAAGAUCCCAAGCAAGCGGAUGCCGUGUACAUCGUCGCAGUCAACCAUCUUCCCAACCCGGAGUAUUACCAACAGGAAGCCGAAGCAGCCGAGGCUCAAAAUAUCCCCAAAGGCCGCUCUCAGAUCGAACUCUUCCACCAUGUCCUAGAGUCGGACAAGGUGCAGCAUGUGCGCUCAAUCCAACAUCCGCUCAUCCGCACCCCGAACGAUGUCAUCGCCGACAGCCCGCACUCGCUCUACGUGACCAACGACCACUUCUACCGCGAGGGAACGCUGCGGCUCAUCGAGGAUCUCUGGCCUUCCGCCAAGUGGACGGAUAUCAUCCACGUCCAGAUCGACGAUCUUAAAUCCAAAGAUGCUACGGCAGGUAUCCAGGCUUCGGUAGCCCACACGGGUCUGUGGAAUAAUAACGGGCUCGGACACGGCAACUCCGAGAAAGAAGUAGUGAUUUCGAGUGCCGUGGGCGGCGAGCUGUAUCUCGCCAAUAAGCACGACAGCAAUCACACCCUGUCCAUCCACAGCACCAUCUCCUUUGACACUGUUACCGAUAACCCGAGCUACUACGCGGACCCCUACCGCACGGACUCGGACGAUGCGAGCGGAUAUCUUGUCGCGGGCAUUUCGCAACAUAUCAAUCUGCCGAAGACUUCCAGGGAUCCCGACGCGAAGGAUCCUUGUCAGACCUGGUAUGCCCGUCCCGCUGGUGAUGGGAAAUGGGAGAAGAAGAUGCUGUUUGAAGAUGAUGGCUCGAGACUUCGUACGGCGAGUGCGGCGGUGUUGGUACCCAUAGAGCCGGAGGAUGGCAAGAAGAGAGCGUGGCUGUUUGUGACGGGAUUUAUGUCGGAGAGUAUGGUGGCUGUGCAGGUGGAGCUGUAA